UAUUAUAGGUUGCAACCCAACCUCGUACUGAUUUAGUUCCAAGUUGGGACUACUCGGGAUUUUGGAGCGAGAAAGAAGAAAGAUAAUCGAGUGUUUCUGGAUUUUAGAGGAUGGAACAGGAAACGCCGAUUUUGGAGAAUGUGGAACAAGAAUUAGCAAUCGUAGAACAACAGCAACGACAACAACUAGCAGAAGAAGUAGAACAGAGUGCAAAUGUUUUGCAAUUUAUGGAUUCCCUGGACGCUUAUCUGACCCUUAUUCAUUCUUUAUCUUCGACACUUCGCCAGGGAUGGCUGGACCUAGCGAGCGCUCGGCAUUCGAUGGGUGUUUCACGUGUCAAUACUGUCUUGUUGGACCACAAAUUUCAUCCUGCUUCUACGUCAUUGCUUGUAACCCAAGAUGAGGAAAAGGUUGACUCCAUGGAACCACACUUUACAUUAUGCAAAUGGGCAUCUUCUGGUAAUGAAAAGCUCUUGUUGGGAGAGACACAAUCUGACCAGGACAAGUUGCAACCACAGCCACGACGCAGGGGUGGUUCACAGCUUUAUGAGGAGAAGACCUCACAUGAGAAUAAAGCUUCACAUCAAGUUGACCAAGUUCAAAGAGAGCGAUGUAAAUCACUGUCAGUGUUUGGAACUCUAGUUUCUCCAAAGCUUCGAGCAGCUCAGCUAUCAUUUGAGACAGCGCUAGAGACACUUGUAGAGAUAGCAAACAUGCGUUCAACAAUGCUCUGUGCUUUUGAUAAAGUCCACAAGAUGCAGGGAGAUAGCAAGGGAUGAAAAACUGUUGUUUCAUUCUGGUAGCAUGAAAGAAUUACUGAAUCAUCAUAAUGCAUUUAUGGCAUGUACCAGAUGGCAGCAAAUUAGAAUUUUUUUCACAGGGAUGUUAAUUCUACCUUCGUAAAAUUGUAUUAAUAUAACUGCUUCUUGGAGGCUUAUUUUGCAAAUUGUAUUAGCGUGACAUUUUAAGUGAAACGCCUGGAAAAUUAAUUGCUAAUACCUUUAUUUCUGCUUAUAAUUUUUUGUUAUUGUCCUUCUUACUUACUUUCAAAAAAUACUCUCUUCAUGUUUCCUUUAGCAUAGCUUUUUUUUAUUAUUAUUAUUUUCGUGGGAUACUAUGAAUCUGCUUGCUACCUCUUCCAAAGAAUUUCAUUCCAUGGCUAGUAGUAUGGUAUGUGGUUCAAAAGGGGAGAGGGGCAAGUAUUUUUAAGCCUGAGAAACGACCAGUGCACAUGGACACCUGGUUAUGGUUGGCAGGGGAUAUAAACCUUGAAUUACCAUGGUCAACAACUACCAUGGCUCAACCCCAACCCGAACUGCUUCGACUAACAAAGCGCAGCGGGGAUCAACCACUUCUGCCACAGAGAUUUUACCUGUACGACUUCUACAGCAGACUUCUCCUUUAUUUAUUCAUUUCAUGCACUACUUUCGAGUAAUCAAAAUAUAUCAUUAGGCUGGCUGCUGAGCACGCACAAUGGCAAUAUAGUUUUUACCACCAGCAAGCCAAAGCAGCCAAGCAGCCAAGCAACCAAAAUUCUACCAACCAAACAUUAAAUUAUUACUGCUGACCAAGCCAGGCAAAUUACAUGGCAAAUACAACAACUGUGACGGUCACUACAUAAUCAAUAUAUUAAGUUGCUGCAACUUAAAUUAAGAGACAAAAUAACUGGAUUUUUCUUUUCUAAUUUUCCGGUCAAGAAUAUGGCACUUGAACUACAAGCAUGUUUCUUCUUCUCAUUCUGGCAUUCCAAACUUCCCAAAAAAUGUCCCAAUAUAAAUAAAGCAAGGCCACACCGUACAACUUUACAACAAUCCAAUACUACGUUGCAGAAUAUACAGCCUACAGAGAAAGAAAGGUAGGCGAUCAACAAAAACUGAAAAAAAAAAAAA